UCUGAAUUAGAUUCGCAUUUUUGCAACGACUGAAUCCAGUUGUUUAAUAUACAGCAGAACUUCCUGUAAUAUUGAAAAUGUUCUUACAUUAUAGCACGAGACCUGCAGAAAGGCAUGGUUCUUGACAUCCAUGACAGAGACUCAAGCUACGACGACGAGAGGCGAAGUGCCACGCACAGCUCCGCGAACAUAGCUAAAUCAGUUGAGGACGGAAUAGAAAAAUAGGCAAGCCGAGUGUUUUUCUUUGAAAUACAGUAUUGAGACUCUCUCUCCGAUCUAAUCGCUCGUCUUCAUUGGUUUAGCGAGACAAAGUCGCGGUGCGUAAAUGAGAGAAAAUCAUCGACAAAUAAUAACCGAGAACGGAGCGAUGCAUUUGUUCAACGUGUUCAAUACAGAGCUGUAGCUAGUUUUUUAAGUGGCGAGGAAUGCUAUCUGAGCUCACGCAUCAAUGUUUCACUGGGGCAAGUGGAAGAAGAGGAUGGGCGCGAAUAGUUCUAAGAGACCGGUCUACGAUGAAAAGGAAGAUGUAACCUUUGACCACUUCCAGAUUCUCCGGGCCAUUGGGAAGGGGAGCUUCGGAAAGGUGUGCAUCGUGCAGAAGAGGGACACAGAGAAGAUGUACGCCAUGAAGUACAUGAACAAACAGCAGUGCAUAGAGAGAGACGAGGUCCGAAACGUCUUUAGAGAGCUAGAGAUUCUACAGGAAAUAGAACAUGUUUUUUUAGUAAACCUCUGGUACUCGUUCCAGGACGAGGAGGACAUGUUCAUGGUGGUGGAUCUGCUGCUGGGAGGGGACCUGCGCUACCACCUCCAACAGAACGUCCAUUUCAACGAGGACGCUGUCAAACUCUACCUGUGUGAGAUGACCCUGGCACUGGACUACCUGCAGAGCCAGCACAUCAUCCACAGGGAUAUCAAACCAGACAACAUCUUGUUGGAUGAGCAAGGCCAUGCCCACCUGACAGACUUCAACAUUGCUACAAUAAUCAAGGAUGGAGAGAGGGCCACUGCCUUAGCUGGAACCAAGCCCUACAUGGCACCAGAGAUCUUCCAGUCCUUUGUGAGUGGGGGGACGGGUUAUGCCUUUGAGGUAGACUGGUGGUCACUAGGCGUGACGGUCUUCGAGGUGCUGCGUGGUUGGAGGCCCUAUGAAAUCCAUGCCAGUAACUCAGUGGAGUCUUUAAUGCAGCUCUUCAGUACCGUCAGUGUGCAGUACAACACCGCCUGGCCCAAGGACCUGGUCCAUCUCAUGAGGAAGCUGCUGACAGUGAAUCCAGAGCAUCGUUUCUCCAGCCUGUCUCACAUGCAGACGGCUCCCUACCUCUCUGACAUCAACUGGGACGCUGUCUACGAGAAGAAGAUAGAUGCUGGGUUCGUUCCUAAUAAGGGUCGUCUGCAUUGCGACCCAACCUUUGAGCUGGAGGAGAUGAUACUAGAAUCUCGUCCCCUCCACAAGAAGAAGAAGAGACUGGCCAAGAACAGGUCACGGGAAGCCAGCAAGGAUUCCCAGUCGGAGAAUGACUACCUACAGGAGUGCCUUGAAGUGGUGCAGUCUGAGUUCAUGAUCUUCAACCGUGAGAAGUUGAAAAAGAGGCAGGAGGAGGGUGCAGAGGGAGGGGAGUCUGAAGGAGCUGCCGAGGGGGGUGAUGAUGGUGAUGGAGAAGGAUCCGGGGAGGCUGAGGGAGGCACAGAGGAUGAGGAUCCUGAACCCGAGUCCUCCUCCAAACUAAGCAUGUGCGGCUCGGUCUGCUCCUCUCCUGGCAGCUGCUAGCACCACACCACCACCUGGUGGUCUCUCAGGCUGCUGUGUGUGUGUGUGUGUGUGUGGAACCAUGCCUAUAGAUACUCUAACCUCUCCUAUGUAGCCAUGAUGACUGGAGGAACUGGAAGGCACAGCAGAACAACAACGCACAGCAGGACACAAAAUGGCUCUCCUAUUUCUUCUUCUGUAGCAUCCACCGUUAAGGCAUGAAUGAAACUGCAGGGUUACAGAGCGGUCCCGCCCUCCGCGCCCUAGAAUAAGCUCUAACUCAUUUCUAUGCAACGUACAGCAUGAAAGUAAGGUAUCACUACAAGAGGGGAUAACAAGAAGCAGAAGCCACACGAUAUAUGAGCAUGACAACAUACAGAGAAAUUAGGAGCCAGGUUUAAGAGUUUCUUUUUAAAUAUUUGCCUUUUGUUUGCGCUCCCGCUCUUUUUAGCCUCGAGUAGAUGUAGCUACCUCUGCAAACUCACAUACUGAAUUAUUCAACUGAGUUAGACAGUUGCCUGUGUAGCUCGUGCAAUCCCUCUCCUACUCUCUGUGCAGUCCUCCUAUUCUGAACGGCUAUUACUGUUGCCCGGUUACCUUCUCCAAAUGCCUUUCAUUUCAAUUAUAGUAUAGAAUUGUUCAAGUACCACAAUGCCAAUUAUACAGUGCAGUGCACAUAGACAUAGAAUAACUAUUAUAUUACUAUGUUCUAUGUCAUUCUCUUCCUAAGGUAGUGCAGUGGAAAGAGACUUUUAGAGGAGGGUAAAUGUUGUUUUCCAAUCACAGUAAGUGAGUCUUCUAAUAGAUACAUGCAAUAACAGUAUGGGCCAUUCGGGACAAGGAGGUUUUGCAAUUUAAAAUAAAUCACUCGUUCAAUCCGAUAUCGUAGACCCAUUUUUAAGUGGUGUUGAUUGUUAAUCAAUAGCCAUUCAUUACGCGUUAGUUGUGACUAUAUUAUGCAUCCGCAUGCUGGUUUGAUUAUUACUACGGCGAUUACGCUCCUCCAACGGAACCUUCUUCCAGACAUUUUUUUUUUUUUUAAACGCCCUGUCAGUUAGAGGGACUUAGUACAUCUGUGGUGUAAAUGGAAGGUUUCCCUCACCGUCGACCUCUGUGACUGUUGCCAAGAUGCGGUUCUAUUAUCCCACUGCUCCACUGUGGGUUACAUGCUCAUACUGCUUGAGUUCUUAUACGUUAAACAUAAACAUUGUCACCACCAGGGGAUCCGACCAUAGAAGAAGAAUCAUAUUGAGUGUACCCCAUAAGGGUUUAGUUAAAUUGACCUCGCCUUGGGAGGCUUUUCCUGUUCUAGUCUUUUAUUUUUCCAUGGAUCAGACAUGAUCAACUUCUAUUGAAUAGCUACAGAAGAGUGUCGUAGUUGAACAUCGUCCCUUAUUAGACUAAGAUGACAUUUGAACAAUCGUCUCUCAUAUGAUUGUCUCGAUCACUCCCAUAUGAAAAAUGAUCAUGGGGCAGUAUUAUUAGUUGUGUGGUUGAAACGGUCACCUAAUAGGGAUAGUGGUACAUUUUUAAGGUGGUGCCCUUCGUCUCAGCCUGGACAUCUGGGAACAUGUAGCAUCGCCCACCUUAAAAACCCUAAGGCCUAACAAAGUAAGGUGUAAAUAGCCUAACCUAACUCUCCACAGUUGUAUGUGGGACUGCUUACUAAACAUACAUGUUACUAAAUGGAGAGCAGUAUGAAGCCAAACGUUCAUACACUGUUGUACUCAUUUUAUUUCCAAGUGUGCAGGCACAACUUGUAGGCAGAUAUGCCAAAGCUUUUCUACCAUUUGCAUAGCCAUUUCUAAGAACUUUGUGUGUGAACGUAUGUUUCCUCUCUGUAGCGCAUAGAACCACUGUUCCUUCUGUGAAUGAAAAUACUAUCAUUUGUAUACAAGCAUUUAUUGUGAUUAUAUAUAAAGGAAUGUUUUUUUGGGGGAAAUAAAAUAUUAUUCAAUUAUAUGGGGGUAAAAAAAAUAAUAAUCUGACUUCCUGUGAAAAUAAGCUCAUUAGUUACCCCGAUAGCGUCUCGAACCCUGCAUUUUUGCAUGUACCUCUAUUUACUGUUUUAAAGCAGAUCUUGUAGGAGAGCCAACCACUAGGGUUUGUGUGGCUUACAGUAUGUGCACAUGCAAGCUUCAGGCAGUAGAAUUCCUUGAUGUUCACCUGUGUUCUGAUGAUUGACAGAGGAGAGGCCUCAUAUAAUCAGUGUAGCCCUGUCCUGCUUGCCUGUCUAUGUGAUGUCUAGGUUUGCUUUUUAAAAACGGAUUUUAAGACCUACGACUGUACAAAUCAUUUAUUCCCAGUGUUAUAUGGAUGCCAUGAUAUUUUAGAUGAUAUGCAGUGACUUUUGGCAUCCCGUAGAUUGUUUUAAGAAUAUGUUCAAGUGCACAGGCAUUUCUUUAAGUGGAUGAUUGAAUAAGUCAGUAUCUAUGCCCUCCUAUGCUCCAAUGUGGGUAAGUUUAGAUUUUCUGUGCUUUGUUAUGUAUAUGGAAAAGGGCCAAGGGUUUGGGGCAUUGUGUGAGUCUGCCCUUAGCUAUGUGAAAAGUCUUAAAUACUGCUCUUCGACAUGUCUUUACAUUGUCCUCACUACUGACGACUAGGUGAAAAAGCUUGACUGAAUGUCUCCAGUGCUAGAAAUGGCCAUGGAAUUGUGUUGAUUGCUUGUAAUGAAUAGUCAUUGAUUUUAAUGGAAGCCCUGCUCUGUAGUUUAUUUCUAAGUUCAACAAUAUUGUAGCCUAAUGUCAUUCCCUUGAUAUCAUUUCAAAUGCAUCUCCAUUCCUGGUUGGAUGUUGCUUGCCUAACCCCCCCCCCCCCCAAAAAAAAAAUCUUUAUGUUUGUACCAUUGUGUUUACAAUGCUAGUUUAUUGGAUAAAAUUGUAAGUAUAUUUACCUGGGUGUUUCAAACAGCAUUGUGAUAGAACGAGUGCCCAAUUACCACAGUACUUUUCCCAUCAACUGGAUAAGGAUUAACGCUCUCACAGAUAAUAUUACUGUCUUAUCUUUGUAGCAACAUUUUAGUAUUGUGGUGUCCAUUUUUGAGAAAACAAAAUCUAUGACCACUCUUCUCUUUGUGUUUCGAUUUUGAACAUGUUCUGUAAGAUUUUUAUGGGGACUAAAAUAAAUACACUUGCAACUAGCCUGGGUCUCAGUGGAAACCAUGUACUGUACCUAUUCAAACUGCUCUGUGUAUUGAAACAUGUUGCUUUAGCUGCUUUGAUAAAUAAAAUCCUUCCAGUACUCUA